GUGGAACAAUCCAAAGUUUUAAUCAAAGAAGGUGGUGUUCAGUUGCUGCUCACAAUAGUUGAUACCCCAGGAUUUGGAGAUGCAGUGGAUAAUAGUAAUUGCUGGCAGCCUGUUAUCGACUACAUUGAUAGUAAGUUUGAGGACUACCUAAAUGCAGAAUCUAGAGUGAACAGACGUCAGAUGCCUGAUAACAGAGUGCAGUGUUGUUUAUAUUUCAUUGCUCCUUCAGGACAUGGACUUAAACCGUUGGAUAUUGAGUUUAUGAAGCGUUUGCAUGAAAAAGUGAAUAUCAUUCCACUUAUUGCCAAAGCAGACACACUCACACCAGAGGAGUGCCAGCAGUUUAAGAAACAG